GGGAGAAAACCUGAUAUGCUCAUCUGUCAAAUUCUUGAAAAAGGGAAAUAUGAUGAAUCUUAUUUCAUUGAAGUGAAACAUUUUUCCAUCACGAAAAAUAGUAAAAUUGGCGGUUAUAAUUUUUAUAAAGUUGCCAUUCUCUGUCAAGGGGGUAUUAAUAAAAUAGUGUCAUCAUAUGAAAAUAAACCCAAAAUCAAAAUUCAAACAUUUGGUGCUUACACUUGUGGUACGUUGUUUUUUUCACUUUUGCUUUCUGAGAUUAAGCUUGUUCAAAAUAUCCCUGAGUUUAACCUUGUAAGAAGAUUAAUUGAGUUAUAUUAUUUCAAGUGUCAUAUUGACUGUUACUAUUCUAAUCGAAAUAACCAUGAUGAAUUCACUGAAUUCCUUGCACCUACUCCUUGUCAAAAUAUCUUCUCUCAUUCUCCAGCAUGUAAAGCUCAAUCUCAUAAGACAUGGAAAUAG